AUGUCUGCCCCCUCCGAUAGCGCUGCGAGCCCUUCUCCAUGUGCCUGCACAAAUAUAUCGCUUAUGCAAUUGUUUCAUGAACUGAAACAAAAGUUUCCCGGUGUUCCUGAUCAUGUUGUGUCUAAAACUAUCGAGCUCUACUGCCACGACAAGAAAGCCUGUGAAACCCACCUCCACAGCGAAGUCAAGGCCUCCCUAACACACGCAUACCACGCCUCGUCGUUAGCCGCUGCCAGACAACAGAAUGAGCUAAAAGUUAAUCCACCAGUUAAAUGUCGCAACCAGCCUAUAGUCAAGCAUGAAAUUGUAAAGACUACAGCUGUUAAGUCCAUAACUUGCCAAACACCUCAAAAGGCGUUAAUCAGCUCAAUCAGUGAAGCGGAGGAAGAAAAACCUAAGCUGAAUACAGAUGCUAACCAAAACGUUGUUAAUACUGUUGAGGAAAAAUCUAAUAAUGCCUCAUCUCCUGUAACUGUAAUUAAUAUUGAUAACUGUUAUGCCAAGUAUACAGCAGAGUCACCUAGCGAUUUAGAAUUGAGUAACGGAAAUAACACAGAGACUCACCCUAGUCUACUGGAAAAUUCUCCCACAACAAAUAAUGCUCCAGAAAGCACCCCUCCAGAAAAGGAGAUUGUCAUAGACAGCGAGCAACCAGAGAGUACAAAUUAUAAGAUUUUAAAAAGCAACAAGAUCAAGUGCAAUCUGAAUCAAAGGUUGGAGGUCGGAAAGGAGGCGAAGGAAAAGAAAACUAUCAAAAAGGAAACUCAAACGAGUCCACCUGCCGCUCAACCUGAGAAGCCGCAGAGACCGAACACAUUAAACUUUAUCAAACUAAGUCCAGACACCGCAUUUAAAGAGAAUUCAAAAGAUCCCGAGCCGAGUUCCUGUAGAACGGUUUCACCGGCACCUCAUAAGACGGAAUGCAAAGAAAAACUGUAUCGACCUGACAGAGGGUAUCCUCUCAAUCUAUCGGUCAAUGUGAACUGUCAUAUGGAUCUCGGAAGAGGUUACGGGGAUCCAUGGUUAGAAGAUUAUGAGAGUCCGAGAGCUAUAACUUCGGUGAACUUAACAGUUUGUACACCAACAUCUAACAUGGCAAGUCCGGUUAGAGACGCAAGAGAUGAGGAUGCUGGAUUCGAAGGACAUGUAACGGUGACAGUAAGUCCUAGCACAGCCCGUCCUCCACGGCGUAGGGCUCCGCCCCCGCCGCAAUCACGUAUUGAUUCACCGAGGCCAACGAGAGCAGCUCCUGAACCACCAACACAUGAUCGUUCGCUAGUGGAGCGUCAAAAGGAGCGUCUGUCCCGUUUAGCGGAGGCCCUAGCACAGGAAAAGAGGUCUCUUGCACAGUUGAACAGAGAAACACAGAUAUUAGCUGCACCACCACCUAGCGCGAAUGCUGCACAGAGACUUAAAGAUUGCGUUGAAAGGUUGAGAGAUGAAUGUGACACUAUGGCGAAAAGAUUGGAAAUGAUUGGCACCGCCCGUGUAAUGCCCCUUCCAGAGGCAGAUGACACGGGCAACUUUUACAGCAACAUAUACACUGGACAACGGCCAUCAGCAUCAUGGCAAUGCCACAUGUGCACCUUCAGAAACCAUCCGUUAUUAGACAAGUGUGAAGAGUGCGACAUGCCACGAAUAUUCGUAGGUACGUCCCCAGCCACAACACAUGACUCUGGCUUUGGUUCGUUCAGAGAUAAAAACAGAAGAGGUGUCCAUAACACAGAUAUAGAUUCACCGUUACCAAAUAUCAUCGGUGACCAUAGAGCUGUGAAUGUUUGA